UCAGCUCAGUGACAGAUGGCGAGUCCUUCUCCCCGAGGGGAAGCCAGUCUCUCUGAAUGCGGCCGCAUGUCAAUCACCCGCUCUCAUGUGAUGGCUCUUGCCAAUGACGUGCCAGCCAUAUGGGCCUGGCAUCAGAGCUCGUAUGUAACCCACCCAGUCCUGCCUCUGAGGUACCACACGGCUCCCUCCGCGCGUCUGGGCAGAGGAUAGACGCGGCUGCAGCAGACAGAGCAGGGAGGCAGGGCAAGAGAGAAGGUGUGAGGACAGACACGCAGCGUCUCGCCUGCAAGAGCAGCCGCGCAAAGGCGUGUGGAUGCGGUGCCCACCUGGAGAGACAUGGUAUAAACAAACCGGCUCUGUCCUGUCUCUGAGCUCCACUACGGAGGUUGCCCGCCACAAUGUUGAGCCGUCUGUUCAGUGAGGUGCUGCCUGACGUCCAGAGGCUCGCAGCGGACUGGGUGGGGGACAAUGAGAUCGAGGACUGCAAGACCAAGGACGGCCACGACCGAUGCGCCCUCGAUGAGGACGAACUGGACGAGCCGCAGGAGGGCAGCAGCCGAGCAGAGUCUGAGAUGGCCGGCGAUGACGAUGAGGAUGAUGAAGCUGAGGAGGAGGAGUGCGGGGAUGAGAACAGCGGGGACAAACCCAAGAAGCGCGGGCCAAAGAAACGAAAGAUGACACCCGCACGCGUUGAGCGCUCCAAGGUGCGUCGACUUAAGGCCAACGCACGGGAGCGCACGCGCAUGCACGAUCUGAACUCUGCGUUGGACAACUUGCGCAAAGUUGUGCCAUGCUACUCCAAAACCCAAAAACUCUCAAAGAUUGAAACUUUGCGGCUGGCCAAGAAUUACAUUUUGGCGCUUGGGGAGAUUUUACGCAACGGAAAGCGUCCAGAUGUUGUGAGCUACGUGCAGAUGUUGUGCAAAGGCCUGUCUCAGCCCACCACCAACCUGGUGGCGGGUUGUCUGCAGCUCAACACCAGAAACUUUCUGACCGAACAGUGCACGGAUGGGGCCCGCUUCCACAUGCCCAGUUCUCCUUUCUCCGUCCAUCCUUACUCCUACCGGUGCUCUCGACUCUCUAGUCCUCACUACCAGCCCGGCACGGGUGCGCUCAACAUCAGAGGCCAUUCCUACGGCUCUGGAUAUGAGGGUGUGUUCCCGACGGGCGGGACUUCUCCAGACUACAGCAGCCCAGACUACGAAGGCCAGCACAGCCCGCCCGUGUGCCUGAACGGCGGGCUUUCCGGGAGGCAGCAGGAGCCCCCUGAGACAGACAGGAACUAUCAUUACUCUAUGCAUUACUCCGGACUGAGCACAUCCAGGCCCAGCCACAGCUUACCGUUUGGGCCCUCGGGAGCGCGCAGUGGCGUUGCGCACUCAGAAAACAUUCCACCUUUCCAUGACGGGCACCUGCACCAUGACAGGGCGCCACCAUAUGAGGACCUCAAUGCAUUUUUCCACAACUGACAAGAUUAAUGAUCCAAGCAGGCUUAUGAACUUUACAAUGACAAUCUUAUAUUGUUCUGGAAAUACAGGAGAUCCCUAAAAUAUUUGAGACAUGGAAGUGACAGAAAGCAUCCUCUGAUAAUCUUCUGUAUUCUGAUGUCAUCCCUGUACUGUUGUACACCCUUUCAAAGUGUGUCCACUAUAAUCCUGUAUGCAGAAUCAGUGCAAUUGACAUUAUCAAUGUACUAUAAGCCAACAAGAGACGUGUUAUGAAAAAAGAAAGGAAAUAAAGUGUUUUAUAAUUGUCUGAAAAUGUGAGUUAUAAAAAUAACCAAAAAU